AACCAACGGCUCUGUACGGCGGACUUUGACUCAGUAAAUCAUGGAGCUUUACCGGACUCGGCCUCAGCUCCGUGCUUAACGGAGCUCCAAACUUCGGUCAUUUAACUAUGGAAACCCAGAGGAAGCGGACAGCAGCAUAAAGUCAGUUGACAAAGCGCUCCGUGGCGGACGGCGGAAUGGACGGAGUGAAAAGUGGCCCUCAGCAGGACUGACUCUCCUCCAUGUCACCCUCCUCUCCGUGCCAGAUGCCUGCGCGGGGCGACGGGGGCUACAAGCCGGCGCCGGUGUCCCCUGCUCCGCCUGUCCCGCCGAGGAGGGUCCGGAGCCGGGACAGGGGCUCGGGCAGGACUCGGCGGUCCGGGGCAGGGUCAGCGGGAGCCGGGGCGGCGGAGAGGCGGGUGAAGUGUGUGCUGGUGGGGGACGGAGCUGUGGGGAAAACCAGCCUGGUGGUCAGCUACACCACCAACGGGUAUCCUACCGAGUAUGUGCCGACGGCGUUUGACAACUUCUCAGCGGUGGUAUCAGUGGAUGGGCAGCCAGUCAAACUACAACUCUGUGACACAGCUGGACAGGAUGAGUUUGACAAGCUGCGUCCUCUGUGUUACACCAGUGCAGAUGUGUUCCUGCUGUGCUUCAGCGUCGUCAGUCCCGCUUCUUUCCAGAACGUUCCUGAGAAAUGGGUUCCAGAAAUCAGGAAACAUGCCCCCUGCGCUCCACUCAUUCUCGUUGGGACGCAGUGUGACCUCCGAGAGGAUGUCAAGAUUCUCAUUGACCUAGCUAAGUACAGAGAGCGGCCUGUGGAUCCAGCGGAUGCUCGGGACUGUGCGAUGGAAAUCGGAGCUGUGGCCUACAUGGAAUGCUCCUCUCUGACACAAAAAAAUCUCAAGGAAGUGUUUGACACAGCCAUACUGGCCAGUUUGCAGAACUACAGCUCCCAUAAGCAUCCAAGAGGGAAACAAAAACGCAGAAAAAAGCAACGGCAGACACCAGACAAGAUGAAGAGUUUAUCAAAGUCAUGGUGGAAAAGGUACUGCUGUGUGGCCUAGAGCAGACCUGGGAUGAGUUUGGUGUCGGUUGAGGUCUAAGACUGAUCCUUGGUUGACUUUAUCCUGGUCUCGAUUCAACUGUGUUGAGUCUGGACAGAAGUAAGAGUGCCACAGAUGUAAAACUUUUUUUUUCUUCUUUUUGUGGAUGAGAUUUACUACUGAGCCUCCAGUGUGACCCCUUUUACAGCAGAAGAUGCAUCUGCGUCUCCUGGAAUUAAACUGGUACGACCCAGUACUUUCCUGUGACUAGCAGAAGAUGUGAUAAUAUUGUUUAGGAUUAGUCUGAUCCAGAUUGAAACAGGAACGUGGAAUUGUGUUUUCUCUGGGCUUCUGGUGAAAUCCUUCCAAACCUAUUCUGGAUUUAUGCAGCCUUGUUAUGUAGCCUGGAAGGGAACCGGACUGUCUGCAGAAUAUAAUUGUUAUUAUUGCUGACCUAAAAGCAACUGCAUGCAAUCUUAGUGAUUUUUUAACCAAAAAAACUGAACUUGCUUCUAACUUUAGCUCAGUUUCAAAUACCCAUGAUUAGAAAGAACUGCUGACUGAAAUAGAGCUUUGCCAUUUUUGAUUUUCUAACCCAGACGUGAUCACCGGACAUAAUUAAAGUUCAUUUUAGAGCUGCUUUUUAUAACUGAGGCCAUUGUUACUCUAAUCAGAAACACACUUUAUUAGGCUGUUAAUAAUUUUACCCUGGUUACAUGAACAGUUUGUUGUGGCACCUAUGAAAUUCGUCUGUGUCCUGGAUCAUGGUUUACCUUGUAUUUUAGUCUUGAUCUGAUCAGUUUGUAGAGUUUGGUCUGUAGUAUCGUAGUGUGCUUUCCUCUGUGUCCUGACAGGGAAUUUGUCCUUAUAGACCUUAAGAGCUUAUACUGGUGAGGCGAACGCUUUGCUGUGGCUCACAUCAUAUCUAAUGUAGAACAGAAGUAAUGUAAUGCCCACCACUUUUUACCCAUUGUUGCCUUGAUCAAAGGUGAAAUUUCCAAAAAAUAAAUGGAAAAUGAAAUCUACUACAAAUCUUAGUACAUCAUGUCUUCAGCAGACAAUGCUGAACAACACAACAUGCCCAAUCUGUCUGUAUAUCCACGUGAUGAAAACACAAGCAUUGUUCUGUAGCAGCAAGUUGUAUUUUUCCUCAGAAAGACACAAAGUGUAUCCAGAUUCAGAGACCUACUUGGGGUUUCCAUUGGUGGCUGUGGUAGUUUAUCAUCAUCUUCAAUCCCACGCUAGUACUGAAGAACUGUACAGUCUGUGAAAAUGGAGUGGUACAAAUGUGGUCAGGUUAAAUAUAAGUCUUUGUACUGUGGUGGUGCAUUGUUGUCUGGCUAGCACUUGACCUUAAUCUGGCAGGAGGACAUUUUGUAAUUCAUGAUCACAUUGUUCCACACAAACCACACUUUGCUCACUCUUCAGCCUCUGUUCACGUGAAAAUAAAAAAAAAUGCACCUUUAAACAGAGGACACAGAUGUUUGAAUUUAAAAUCCUGACAACCAGUAACUUACAUGUGCAGGCACAAACUGCAAAGCAGCCAGAAACAUAGGUUUCAGAUAUUUGUACUGCUUGACGUGUGCUUGAUUUAUCUUUGCAGACACUUAAACAGCCUUAAGUAUGAGCACUGAACAAAUUAACAAGGUGCUCUUUGCAUGUGUUUAGAUCUACAAAACAACUCAGCUGUGAGUUUUGUGUUGGUUUACGGCAGGAAAAUGAUCUGAACGAACUGGAGUUCAGUUUCAGGGCAGUUGUUGAUUUCUGUAUUAAUUUGUUAAUUUUUUUUUCAAAAGUUACGAGCUAUAUUUUAAUACAUGUUUGUUGCUCUGCAUUUGUUCAGCUGUAAUUCUGCAACCAUAAUGCUUUGAUACUAUAGAGGCGUCCACUGUUCAUCCCCCAGUAUGUGUUCUGUUUGCUCUGUCAGCCCUGCAUCCUCAAAUGGACUAAGCCUUAUAUGUCGUAAAGCAGAAAUCAGAAAGCAAACUGAAACACAGUAUGUGUUACUGCCAAACACUGCGCUGCCACACCUUCCUUUGUACAUUGUAGUUACUAAACCAAGAGCACAGCUCAGUAAUAUCUGUUGUAUUUCUCUACAGUACCCACAUCUGAAUGGCUCUUUGUAUUAGCAGCAGAGAGUAAAAGGGUGCAGCCAGGCUGCAGUCUGUUAUUGACUUUGAGCGGAUCUGCCUUUUUUUUAGUGCAAAUAAAGCUGAAGUAUUCAUACUGAUCAGACGUAAAUACAAAAAAAUAUAUAUUUUCACAUGUUUUUUUUUUUUUUUUUAGCCCAGGGACCAUCCAAUUAUUAACCUAAAGUUUAGAAGACAAGGUCAAAUUGUCAUUCAUUAUUCACUGUUAAGCAAGACUUCAUUUGACAGUUAAUAUCCUGCUGCUUUUGUUGCAGGUGACUGACACCAAUGACCUUAACAACAACAGCUGGGGGGUGUUUCAGUAAAUCUUAGGCUGAUGUUGAGGGAUGUCUCAUUUUCUAAAUGUGUGAAAUGACAGGUAGCCCAGAGCUAGGGAUGUUGUAACUAACAGGUGUCUUCACUCAUUCAAUGUGUUAAUUUUGAAAAUGUAUAGCCGUUUUUAUGACCCUUUUUCUUCUUUAAGAGCUAACUAGCAUCACGUUUUCUACUGUGUGAUCAGUUCUCUACUGGUGUGAAAUGGAGUAAAGUGGGUUGUGCCUGUGAAAUCGUUGUAAUUCUUUCAUUAAAAAUGUUUUGUAGGUAAAACAUGUUUAUCUUAACAUUAACUUUAGUCAAGCAAACGAAAAUUUAAUCUCCCCGUUUGUCAUUCAUGUAGUGUUUUGCUUGGCAAGAUGUGUACCAGUCACCACAGACAAGUUGAGGACUUUUGUGGAAUAUUUUCACCCUGUUAGUUAACUCUGCUCUUUAAAGCUUUUCUAUUAAUCUCUACUAAGUGUGAACAGUAGAGAUGUGCUGUGUUGUUCUCUAAAUCUAAACUGAGUUGAGGCCUCACAGUAAAGCUGUGACUUAUUGGAGCUGUUAGCUAGUUUUCUGCUGAAGAUGUUACAGCUGCAACUCAAUGGCCUCUCUGUGUCCAUGUUUUGCUCUUGAUAGCAUAUGCAUUGUUUCUUGCAGUGGAAAAGGCAUAAUAGGUUUCUUGUCUUGCUGUUUGUGUGUAGUCUUGGCCGAUGGUGGAGUUAAGUAGGCUAAAGGUCAUGCAGACUCUUAUGAUAACUGGCAUUUCCUCUGUCAGGUUUUACCUCCUGACAUGUUAGAUUUACAGAGAGCAGUAGUUUUGUGUUCUGCUUGUGGUAAUUUAUUCCUGCUUAUAUGCUUAAAAUGGUUUGAAUCAUAGUUUGGUCUGUUGUUGCUCAGCGAGUCAAUCAAAUAGAUGAUAUCUUACAUGUUUCUGAUAAGGAUUUACGGUUGACUCAUUUGUCUUUUGGUUAUCUUCUUCUAAUCUAAGCAGUACCAGCUGAUAAAUUAGUAAAAGGUCAUCUCUUAAAGCAAGUCUAGAGCAGCCACUGUCACAUUUGCAAGUAGCUCUAUGCUGACACUCAGUUUAACACAAGUAGAGAAAAGUCGUAAAGUCGGUUUACUAACUUGGUAGUGUUAGUUCCAUAGCUGAAGUUAGCAAACAUGAAGAGCUAUUGGUUACACCUGGGUGUUUUAGUUAUUGUACAAUGAUGCCUACUUUUGUUUAUCAGUGAAACUCUUAAAACGGUUAAGUUACACUUUGAUUUUGAUUUGAAUGUCCUGUAAGGCAGAUGUUUGGCUUUGUAAUGUUGGACAGAUGGAUCUCUGAAAGUAAAAAAUGCGGAAUAAGGACAGACACAGAGGAGACAUGGUGGUGACUGUCCUCUGGGUCGACACAGUAUUGUGCUGGUGUUCUGUUGAAGGUGAGACGGUAAUUAAAUGUUCUGUGUUUAGGAUAGAUGCAAAGUCAGGAUGUUUGAUAUUGAAUUGAAAGACACACUGUCACAGUUUUACUGUAGUUAUUGUUGGAACAGGCUUCCAUAAUGCCAAAAAUGUAUGUACUAAUGGCGCUAUUAAAUGAGUGAUUCAAAUAGUGUUACUGGAUAGAAAGCGAAGACCUAUAACAUCCAUUCAAAAGCUACAAGCUGGCCCAUUUCUUACUGUAAAAUCAGUUUAUGUGCAUUCAAACGUAACUGGGUACUAAAUUCCUAUGCUGGCCUAAUUCUUGAUUGCACAAGACUAUCCCAUAAAGCCCUGAGAGAGCAAACAGAAGCAGCAGGGAGGUGAACAGAACGGUCCUUUCUUCAGAUUUAUUUGUUUUAUUGAUGCCCCCAAUACACACCUGAGCUCCUCACGUGGGACACCAGCUGAGAGCUUCUCUUAGGAAACCAACCCCAUUAGCCUGCGUGAAACAUUGCCGUGUUUUCAUUUUCUCUGCAUGUAAAAACAUUGUAACAGAUAAUGUGCUGCUGAAAUCUGCUCACAGUGAAUUCUCUGUUCGACUGGAGGCCUCAGUCAAAGGAGGAUGUGUUUGUACAGACGUUUUAUACCCUGAGAAAUAAAAGAUAUUUGGUAUAAUA